CGUCCCCCUGAAAGGGGGUCGGGUCCGCUGCUAAAUGACAAAAACAUCUCCUGUAUAACAACAUCAACCUAGUAAUAAAAAACUGAUACAGAGGAGACGCGAGCAUGGGGACGGUGCAAGCGCGGAGUGCUGACCCUGUCCCAAUGCACGGGCGAGACCUGGGUGUUCACCCAGACGACCUGGAAGUGAUUGAGACACCACAAGAAGUCAAGAAAGAGGUUCUAGCAAAUAAAGAUGUUGUUGUGCAGCAUGUCAGCAUUGAAGGCUUAGGAAGAACUAAAGAAGACUACUUGGGCUAUGAGAUUGCUGAUGUCUUUAAUGCUAAAAACCUUGUUGAUCUAAUGAAAAAAUCACAUGAGGCCCGGCUUAAGUUGCUCCGCCUGGGCAUAUUCAAAGAGGUGGAGGUUCUUAUUGACACCUCAGAAGGAGUGGAUGCUCUGCCUAAUGGUCUUGAUGUUACAUUUGAGGUGACCGAACUGAAGAGAGUGACUAGCAGUUAUAACACCAUGGUUGGAAACAAUGAGGGCAGCAUGGUGCUUGGCAUUAAACUACCCAACAUGUUUGGUCGUGGAGAGAAACUUACCUUCCAGUUUUCUUAUGGUACUAAGGAGACUUCAUACGGCUUGUCUUUCUUCAAACCUCAGCCAGGCUACUAUGAACACAAUUUCACCCUAAACCUAUAUAAAGUGACUGGCCAGUUUCCGUGGAGUUCACUGAAGGAGACUGACAGAGGAGUUUCCACAGAGCUUAAUUUUCCUCUGUGGAUGACAAAUCACACUCUAAAAUGGGAGGGGGUGUGGCGUGAGCUGGGCUGUCUUUCACGCAGUGCCUCCUUUGCUGUGCGAGAAGAAAGUGGCCACUCUCUAAAAUCUGCUCUCUCGCACACCAUGAUAAUCGACACCAGGAACUCUACCAUUCUGCCAAAAAGAGGUGCCCUACUCAGGAUCAACCAGGAACUAGCAGGAUACACUGGAGGAGAUGCCAGCUUUCUGAAGGAGGACUUUGAGCUGCAGUUGAACAGACAGUUCCUGUGGGGUUCUGUGCUGUCUGCAUCUCUUUGGGGAGGAACGAUCUUUCCCAUUGGGGGUCAACCCAUUUCCAUUGCUGACAGGUUCUACUUGGGUGGUCCAACAAGUGUGAGGGGAUUUGGAAUGUACAGUAUUGGUCCUCAGAAUGAAGGUGAUUACCUAGGUGGAGAGACAUACUGGGCUGGUGGGCUCCACCUCUACACACCCCUUCCGUUCCGCCAUACUCGGGGUGGCUUUGCUGACCUCUUCAGAACACAUUUCUUCCUUAAUGCUGGAAACCUGUGCAAUCUCAACUACGGGGAAGGCCCAUAUGCACACCUGCAGAAGCUAGCGGAAUGCAUCCGCUGGUCCUAUGGGGCAGGCAUUAUACUCCGACUGGGAAACAUUGCAAGAUUAGAACUAAACUACUGCAUUCCCAUGGGUGUUCAGAGUGGAGACAGGAUAUGUGAUGGCGUACAGUUUGGUGCUGGGAUCCGUUUCCUGUGAUGUCAUCUACUUCUGUUCUUGUUCUAAACCUGAAGCUUGUGGGCUGUGGGUGCAACAUGUGUACCAUGUAAGAAUAAGACACUACCUGAGGGAUCUCACCCGCAUGCACAGUGUGAGGUGCUGUACCAUCCAGGAAUUAAAGAUGACUGAGCUUGUAGCAUUUUUCACAGUUGUUGAAUUUGCAGCGUACCCCUCCACUUCACAUUUUAAAUCUGCCUUUAUAUCCAACCUCUGUGAGAAUGCUGUUUAUAUGUGUGCUUCUUCUAUCUUUAA